UCAACAUUGCCGCUUCUUCAGUUUACAUUGCUUUUUGUGCUCUUCAAUACAAUACACUAGUAUAUAAACUUUUUCAAAGCUUUUCAUAGACAGUUCAAUUCAUUCAAUUGGUUUUGUCACUUUUUCAUUUUGCAACUACCCUUUUGACUUCCUACAAAAGCCACACCUCCUAAAUCCAUCUCUCUCUCUCUCUCUCUGAGCUACAAGCAUGAUCACUGGGAAGGACAUUUAUGAUGUUCUUGCAGCAGUUGUACCACUAUAUGUAGCCAUGGUUCUAGCCUACGGUUCAGUCCGGUGGUGGAAAAUCUUCACACCUGACCAAUGCUCCGGCAUCAACCGCUUUGUCGCCGUCUUCGCCGUCCCCUUACUCUCCUUCCAUUUCAUCUCCUCCAACAACCCUUAUGCCAUGAACUACCACUUCAUCGCCGCCGAUUCUCUUCAAAAAGUUGUCAUUCUCUCUGCUCUCUUCCUCUGGCAAUCCUUCUCCAAGAAUGGAAAUCUUGAGUGGAUGAUCACUCUCUUCUCACUUUCCACUCUCCCAAACACUCUUGUCAUGGGUAUCCCCCUCCUCAAGGCCAUGUAUGGCGAUUUCUCCGGCAAUCUCAUGGUCCAAAUUGUUGUUUUACAAAGCGUUAUUUGGUAUACCCUAAUGCUCUUUAUGUUUGAGUAUCGAGGAGCUAAGCUACUCAUUAGUGAGCAGUUUCCUGAAACUGCUGGCUCUAUCACCUCUUUUCGCGUUGAGUCUGACGUGAUUUCCCUCAAUGGGCGUGAACCACUUCAGGCUGACGCAGAGAUUGGUGAUGAUGGUAAGCUUCAUGUGGUUGUGAGGAGAUCUACAACGUCGUCUGUAAUCUCUUCAAAUACUAAAUCACAUGUUUUUAACUCGAUGAAUUCUAUGACUCCACGAGCAUCUAACCUUACCGGAGUUGAGAUCUACUCAGUACAAUCUUCGCGAGAGCCUACCCCUAGGGCUUCGAGCUUCAACCAAACCGAUUUUUAUGCCAUGUUUGCAAGUAAGGCAGCUAGUCCAAAACAUGGGUAUACCAAUAGUUUUGGUGGGGAUGUUUUUUCGGUGCAAUCCUCGAAAGUGGCAACACCAAGAACAUCAAAUUUUGAAGAAGAGAUGUUGAGGAUGGGGAAGAAGAGAGGAGGGAGGAGUAUGAGUGGGGAGUUAUUUAACAACCCUAGUGGUGGUGGUGGUGGUGGUGCUAGUAAUCUUCUUCAAGUUCCUUCUUACCCGCCUCCAAAUCCUAUGUUUUCGGGGUCUAGUAGUAAUACUGUAGGAGGAGGAGGACCUAGGAGAAAAGAGGGAAGUGGUGGGGGUGUAAAUGCAAAUGCAAAUGGAAUGCCUAAUAAGGAACUUCAUAUGUUUGUUUGGAGCUCAACUAGUGCUUCUCCCGUUUCUGAGGUGAAUCUAAGACAUGCAGUGAAUAGAGCUGCUUCUACUGAAUUUGGAGUAAUUGACUCUUCUAAGUCUGUUGAUAUUGCUUCUUCAAAAGGAAUGCAUGAUUUGAUAGAGAAUGCAAGCCCUGCUGCUUCAAAAUUUUAUAGUGAUAAUAAGGAGAUGGAAACAGAGAGUGGUUGUAAGUUCCAAGCAAAUGGGUCUCCAUUCACAUGCCAGAAGAAAGUAGAUGACAUUGAAGAAGGAGAUUUGGAAGAAAAGAAGCACCAAAUGCCUCCUGCAAGUGUAAUGACAAGGCUCAUACUUAUCAUGGUAUGGAGGAAACUUAUUAGAAAUCCCAAUACCUAUUCAAGUCUUUUAGGGCUUAUUUGGUCCCUUGUAUCCUUCAGGUACCACAUCAAAAUGCCAUCCAUAAUGAGUGGAUCAAUAUCUAUUUUGUCUGAUGCUGGUCUUGGAAUGGCUAUGUUCAGCCUCGGAUUAUUCAUGGCACUACAACCAAAGAUAAUAGCAUGUGGGAAGAGUGUGGCAACAUUUGCAAUGGCGGUGAGGUUCUUGACAGGACCCGCAGUUAUUGCUGCUACCUCUAUUGCUGUUGGCCUUCGAGGUGUUCUUUUACAUGUUGCCAUUGUUCAGGCUGCUCUUCCCCAAGGGAUAGUUCCCUUUGUAUUUGCAAAAGAGUACAAUGUCCACCCUGACAUACUUAGCACUGGGGUUAUUUUUGGGAUGCUGAUUGCUUUGCCAAUAACAAUACUUUACUAUGUGCUUCUUGGUCUCUAAUAUAUAGCUCUGGCAACAAAGGGGGACAAAUAUAUAUAUAUAUAUAUAUAUAUAUAAAACUGCAAAUCCAAGACAGGCUUAUGUGGAUGGAUCACACAGAUGAGCCAACUGGGAUUAAAUAAGAGCCAUUGGAUUCAGUGCACAACUUGGAAGCCACAUGAUCCCCCCAUGUUACUGAUGUUGGUUUUCCUUCCUUCUAGUUUUAUUUAGUUCUUUCUUUGCUAUCUUUAUUUUUUUUUAAUAUAAUUUUUAGUAUUUUAUUAGUUUUAGUUAGGCAGAGAAAGAUAUAGAGCGAGCCCUUCUCAAGAAAAGGGAACAUAUAAUUAUUGAUGUGUUUGGUACUUGUUUUACACUAACAUCAAUGUAGUUAUUGACUUACCAUUUCA